AUGGUUGUCCCUCUUCCAUCCAAAAUGGCGGGCAUGGAUCUUACUGGAGGUCAAGGACAGUCCGUUGAACUACAUUUGAGAGCUCGCCCAUGCCUUGUGGCAUUUGAGCGAGCCAUGCAACAAACUGGCCUAGUGGGUACGGACCCCGUAAUCCUGCGAUAUUUCGCUCACUUCGUGUAA